GUCUAGCGCCGACUUGCCGUGCCGGCUCCCAACUUUUCAGCUGGAGCCGCGUCUUCCUCGAGGCUAUCGGCGCCACGUCAGCGGAUCCCCCACCCCUCUCUUGCCCUGACCCGCGCCGCGACCGCGAGACGCCGGCGCAGCGCCGUUCCCCUCUUGUCGCGGAGUAAGCAAGGCGCCUCCGGCCGCCGCCCGAGCCCCCCGGUUCGUUCUUCGAAUUGGUCUCGAUUCCUCGAGGCCGUUUCGACACCGGCAGCAGCUCAGACAGUAAACUCAACAUGAUUUGCACUGUAAUUUCAUCAGUGUUCUUGGCAUGCUCAGUCUUAUAGCGAACGUGUAGCUAUAUAAUGUUGAUGACUAAGAGAAUUGGAGGUCAACAAAGUGCUAUCAGCUUCCAUGAGGGUCAAUCUUGGGCUUCUUUUGCCCUUGAUGGACAAAUACGCAGCGCCCACCUGGGCCAUACUCAUAUCAGGAUUCUUUAUGCUUCUUUCUGUUUCCCUCUCGAUGUACUUGAUAUUUGAGCACCUCUCGGCGUACAACAAUCCAGAGGAACAGAAAUUUGUUCUUGGUGUUAUCUUAAUGGUCCCUUGCUACGCUAUUGAAUCAUAUGUUUCAUUGGUAAAUCCAGACACUAGUGUCUAUUGUGGCAUCUUGCGUGAUGCCUAUGAAGCAUUUGCUAUGUAUUGCUUUGGAAGAUAUAUAACUGCUUGUUUAGGUGGUGAGGAUAGGACAAUCGCAUUUUUGAAGAGGGAGGGUGGCGAAGAUUCCGGGGAACCUCUGCUGCAUCAUAUCUCUGAAAAGGGAGUCAUUCAUCAUCAUUUUCCUAUUAAUUACAUAUUGAAACCAUGGAGACUCGGUGUGCGGUUUUACCAGAUUAUCAAAUUUGGUAUAUUUCAAUAUGUUAUUAUAAAGACACUCACAGCUAGCCUGUCUCUUAUUCUUCAACCUUUUGGUGUAUAUUGUGAGGGAGAAUUCAAAUGGGGAUGUGGAUACCCUUACUUUGCUGUAGUCCUGAACUUCAGUCAAUAUUGGGCCCUAUACUGUUUAGUGGAAUGGUACACAGCUACUAAGGAUGAAUUGGCACAUAUUAAGCCAUUGGCUAAAUUCCUUUCCUUCAAGUCUAUAGUGUUCCUGACCUGGUGGCAGGGUGUGAUAAUUGCCAUCAUGUAUUCUUUGGGCUUGGUUAGAAGCCCGUUGGCACAGAGCUUGGAGUUAAAAACAAGUAUUCAGGAUUUCAUCAUUUGUAUAGAGAUGGGCGUAGCAUCAGUUGUUCACCUGUACGUGUUCCCUGCAAAACCUUAUGAGCUAUUAGGUAAACAAUAUUCGCCUACAAACAUUUCAGUACUCGGGGACUACGCUGCCUCUGAUCCUGUGGAUCCUGAUGAGAUAAAGGAUAUCAGUCGACCUACCAAAGUGAGGCUUCCGCAGUUGGAACCAGAUGAAAUAGUUGCAACUAAUAUUAAAGAGAGUGUUCGAGACUUUGUGAUUGGCAGCGGAGAAUAUGUGGUAAAAGAUUUUAAGUUCACUGUUAACCAAGCAGUACGACCAGUGGAGAAGCGCUUUGACAAAAUGAAGAAGAACAUCAAGUUUAGGCAAAGCCGGGAUGACAAUUGGGUGAGCGCAUCCACACCAGAGAGAACAAUUCGUGGUAUUGAUGAUCCUCUCAUAAGUGGGAGCGCCAGUGACAGUGGGAUCGUUGGUAAAGGGAAGAGGCAUCGAAGGGAUUCGAGCUCAGCUGCCGCCGUUGACAGUUGGGAAGGCACUGAGCAGGCACCUGAUAGCUUUGUCAUACGGGGUCGCCGGUGGGAAAUCAAAAAAUCGUGAUCCUCUUUAUGUACCCUUCCGUUCAAACCUUGGUUAUUGAAGAUACGCUACUGCCGUUGACUUGCUGGGUUGCUGGUGAAUUUUGCAACUAGCAUGAAGCUUGGUCGUGCCAUACACUACAUUGCUGAACCUUCUGUGUGGUAAAAGUGGUAGAUUGUGCACGUAGCACGCAAUUGUCUUGUUGAUUCCUGCUGACAUCCCCGCACAAGGAACUGUACGUGCUGACAUUAGCCUUAGCCACUGACUAAAGAGUACGCUUAAUAAGUUGUAAAGUCUACGGUACAUUAAGUUCAUGUAUUGUCUGUAUAUAAGUUUGGUCUCGAUAUAUGUAGAUUUGACAGUUUUUUUCCUUCGUUCUUAAUAAUUCAUUUGAACAACUUAAUGAGAGCUGUCGUUUGAACUUUGUGA